AGAACCUCAGAGAGAGCUUGAUUCUGAAGAUAGUGACUCUGAGAAGCUCAAUUCAUAGUUUCUCUUUCAUGACACACUUAAGCCCUGCUCAGAAUGCUGCUAAGUUGAGUCUGCAGAAUCUCAUAAUUUCUUUGUCUUCUCUCUGUGAGAAGGCUUCAGUGCAGUCUCUGAUCAGUACUAUUACUUAUCUACACUAUACUAAGCAGCUAAAGAAGGAGAGAAUCUUAUAUAUCUAUCUCUUCUCUCACUUCUAUUCUUUCUGUUAUAUCUGUAAUAAUAACUUUUAUUUCUCUGGAA